AUGCCUUGGGUGGAGCCGGAGCCCGGGCCAAGCCCAGAGCAGAAGCCCAAGCUCACCAAGCAGGACUCGGCGACCGGGCCAGAGUGGUACCAGAAAUCUGAGGAAUCGGAGUCGGAGGGCAACCAGCCACCCCUGGGACCCCUGGCAUCCUCGAGACCCCCCGAAACCCCAGGACCCCCGGCGUUGGAGCGGGACGAUGCACCCCUGCCAGAGGGGGACGAUGCAUCCUCCCGGCCGUCGGUGCUGGACGAUGCACCCCUUCCGGAGGAGGAAACCCCCGAACCCAGGGCCAUCUGCAGGCACCGGCACCGCUGUCACACCGACUGCCUAGAGGCGCCGCUGUCCCGCGCCUUCCAGUGGCUGGGGUGGCAGGUGGGCGCGCACCCCUGGAUCUUCUUGCUGGCGCCCUUGAUGCUGACAGCGGCGCUGGGCACCGGCUUCCUGUACCUACCCGAAGAGGAAGAGGAAGACCUAGAGCAGCAGUACACCCCUGUGGGGGGCCCGGCCAAGGCGGAGCGGCGCUUCGUGCAGGGACAUUUCACCACCAACGAUUCCUACCGCUUCUCCGCCUCCAGGAGGAGCACCGAAGCCAAUUUCGCCUCGCUUCUGGUGGUCUCCUACAGCGACUCACUGCUGGACCCUGCCACCUUUGCAGAAGUCAGCAAACUGGACGGCGCGGUGCAGGAUCUGCGUGUGGCGCGGGAAAACGGAAGCCAGAUCCAGUACCAGCAGGUGUGCGCGAGGUACAGGGCGCUCUGCGUGCGCCCCAACCCGCUCCUGUACGCCUGGCAGGUGGACAAAACGCUCAACCUGAGCAGCAUCUCCUUCCCCAUCUACAACCACGGCGGGCAUCCCCUCUACCUGACCGGCUUCUUCGGAGGACGCAUCUUGGGGGGCAGCCUAGGAAUGGGCCACUUACUCCUGCGGGCCAAAGCCAUGCGGCUCCUGUACUACCUGAAGACUGAGGACCCUGAGGACAGCGUGCAGAGCAAGCAGUGGCUCACCCAUUUCCUCGAACAAGUUACCAACAUUACGAACACUUUGGCCUUGAAGAAAAUUGAGGUGGUUCACUUUACCUCGCUUUCCAGACAACUGGAAUUUCAGGCAACUUCUCUGACUGUGAUCCCUGUGUUUCACCUGGCAUAUGUUCUCAUCAUUCUGUUUGCAGUCACGUCAUGCUUUAGGUUUGACUGCAUAAGAAACAAAAUGUGUGUUGCAGCCUUUGGAGUGAUUUCUGCUUUCUUGGCAGUGGUGAGCGGCUUUGGCCUGCUGUUGCACAUUGGGGUGCCAUUUGUCAUCAUAGUUGCCAAUUCACCAUUUCUUAUUCUAGGUGUUGGGGUCGAUGACAUGUUUAUCAUGAUUUCUGCUUGGCAUAAGACCAGCCUUGCAGAUGGCAUACCAGAGCGGAUGUCCAAUGUCUAUUCAAAAGUGGCAGUGUCUAUUACAAUCACCACCAUCACUAACAUCCUGGCCUUCUAUACAGGGAUUAUGAGCUCUUUUAGGGCUUCAUUCAGACAACAAAUGUUUCUUCUUCAACCAAAAAGAAAAUAA